CCACCAACAAUGCUCCGCCUCUGUCAGCUCACUCAAGUAUCAAUAUCACAUACAAUCCCACACUCUCCUUCUCCUUAUCACAAAGAAACAAAAGUUCUUGAUCAUGACGAAUCUCGACGAUUUACCCGGAGACGUUAAGAGACUGAUUACGGCUGAGCUGUACAAGUCUGAGGCAGAUCCCGCAAUACGCAAAGUGUCGAGGGUUUGGCAUGAUCUGGCUGAACCGUUCAUCUAUCGUGGUCUUGCGUGGGCAGUGGAUCUUGAAACUCUGAAAGAGGAUGCGAAGAGAUUGUUCACGAAAGAUGAUCUUGCUAGCAAGUUCCUGGAGUAUGCUAGAUACAUACACAUCAGCGAUACUCCGUACCGUUAUCCCGAGCCGGGUCCUUCUGACGAGGAUUGUAGACUUUCAGACAUUUCGGAUGCUUCCAUCCAACCAGCUUGUUUCGCUGGACUGUCGGUCCUUCCUAGGAAUUUCGACCUCGACGAACCUGCCUAUCCUGAAUUCGAUGAGGUGAUUAUCGGUAAUCAUGGUCGGGAUCGCGAAGCGGCAGAACGGGUCUGGGAACCUUUUGUAUCUGCCUUUGCCAGAUUCAGGUACCUUACCGAUAUUGUCUUCCAAUCUUCACACCCUAUUCCACCAGGCUUCAUGGCAUCUAUCGAGAAACACCACCCUACUUGUCGUCUUCAUAUGCGGAGUUUCAGAUUCCAGAGUUUGAACGAAGCCGUAACAGACCUGGACGAGCGUGCAUUGGCUAUGAGCAAGAACUUGCAUAGCCUGAGCAUCAAAUGCGCUACCCGCCAAUCCACUGGCAUGGCAGAUCACAACGGCGCGGCGGCUUUGCGCACUAUGGAACUGGCUCCGAACUUGAAACAUGUGCGAUGGCUGGGCUGUAGACCUGCUAGUAGUUUUCAUCUUUACCAAGCCAGAGGGCAGCCUCUGCCAAGAUGGGAUGGUUUUGUGCCCGCGAUCAUCAACAGUGAAGGACAACACCGACAAAAGCUACAACUCGAGAGUCUCAGCUUUUUGGGCUACGACGAUUAUCUCCAUGAAACUAAGUUUGCCAUCUGGGACAAACUCGUCGACUUUUCACACCUCAAAAGCCUGACCUUCUCUACACACGGCGAAGCUUUCCUCAAUCACAUCACUACCCACGAUGUCUUCCCAAAUCUCAAGUCGCUGGGACUUACGCUCACUCAAACCGAAGCCCAACAAACAGAUCCAGCAGGCUGGCAAACAGCCAUUGAGCACUUCACGGAAUCUCUACGCCCCUUGUCCUCACUCCAUCUCCACGGAACCAUCCACCCCAAACUCCUCGAAACCAUUGCCUCAACACACGGUGAAACCCUCCGCGAACUAGCCAUCCACCCUUAUUCAAACGGUUACAACACAACAGGCCCACCGCUCCGCCUCACACCCGCCAUGCUCACCUCCCUAGCCUCCCAAUCCCCACAUCUAACAACCCUCACGCUAACCCUCAAACGUUCCAUGGGUGACCGCACCGAAACAGCCUGCUACGAAGCCCUCAGCACCCUCCCCAGCCUCAAACACCUCACCCUCGGCCUCGACUGCCAGAACCCCCGCCAACGCGAUCUCGCCCCAGACCCCACGUGGUCCGACUUCGACAAAGCCACGCAAACAGCGCCCGGCGCCUCCCCCAAGGAAUACAACGGCCACUUCAAAAUCGCAAUCGUGAACUCGGCGCUCGACGAAUACCUCGUCCGCGACAUCUGGGACGUGCUGAACCGGCGCCGCCGCGCCCCAGAGCGGUUGCAGAGUUUCACCGUGCACACGUUCGGUGGGAGUGCGUUUGGGAGCUCUCACCCGGGAGAUCUUAUGGCGAUUGUUCAGCAUAUAUCGCGGAAGUACCGCGCCGUGGCUCUCAACGAUGGCGGCGUCAAAGUCACCGAGAUGUUGAGGAAGAAAAGGGAGGAGAUGGAUGCGACGCAGCGGGCUCACGAAAAGGUGAUGAUUGACAAGUAUGGAAAUAAAGGGCACGAUCGAGGGAGCUACUUGGUCUUCAAGCAUCUUUGGCCUCACGAGGACGAUGUGGAUUGGAGAAAGGUAUGGAGGAGCUGGCCGUUGCAGCGAGAUGGCUCAUCAACCUAA